AAACCUCUCUGGCAAGACAGCCGUCGUCUAUUUUCACGAUUACCUUUUCGCUUAAGAUUUCAGAUUUCCGAUGUCUCGGCUUGUCCAAAACCGCAUUGGAAACACCUUGUUACGCCUCAAACACCUACCUUCAACCACUCUCUCCUCCACCCUCAUCAAGAAUCUCUCCACCUCUCCAGAGCCAUCUCCCGAACAGCCACCACUCGACGAAUACUCACAAUCAUCUGCUAUAUGGAACGUCAUCGUAGGCAGAGCCGGCGACAGAGGAGUCGCCAGCGAAGACGAAGUCUUCCACCGUCUCUCAAACGAUCCCCUCUGCAACAGAGUAACCCUCUCGGAAACUUUACUCCACAAGCUCCUCCACAGGUUCAGAGACGACUGGAGAUCAGCUCUCGGCGUCUUGAAAUGGGCCGAGUCUCGCAAUUGCCACAACAAACACUCAAACGAGGCUUACGACACGGCCGUGGAUAUCCUCGGGAAAGCCAAGAAGUGGGACCGUAUGAAGGAGUUCGUCGAGAAGAUGAAGGGAGAUAAAGCUGUAACUAUAAAUACAGUUGCGAAGAUCAUGAGGAGGUUCGCUGGUGCGGGAGAAUGGGAAGAAGCUGUUAGGGUGUUCGAUAGGUUAAAUGAUUUUGGAUUAGAGAAGAACACCGAGUCUAUGAACUUACUUCUUGAUACUCUCUGUAAAGAGAAGAGAGCUGAGCAAGCUAGAGCUGUUUUAUUAGAGCUAAAGGCACACAUUAAGCCAGAUUCUCACACGUUUAAUAUAUUUAUUCACGGUUGGUGUAAGGCUAAUAGAGUAGAGGAAGCUCUCUGGACUAUACAGGAGAUGAAAGGGCAUGGGUUUCGUCCUUGUGUGAUUAGCUACACGACGAUUAUUAGAUGCUAUUGUUUGCAGUGUAACUUUAUUAAAGUCUAUGAGAUGCUGAGUGAGAUGGAAGCUAAUGGGUGUCCACCGAACUCUGUGACUUACACGACGAUUAUGUCUUGUCUUAACGCGCAGAAAGAGUUUGAGGAGUCUUUAAGGGUGGCUACGAGGAUGAGGAGGUCAGGUUGCGAGGCGGAUACUCUUUUCUAUAACUGUUUGAUUCACACGCUUGCUCGAGCUGGGAGGUUAGAGGAAGCUGAGCGUGUUUUUAGAGAUGAGAUGCCUUCCGUUAACACGUCUACUUAUAACUCGAUGAUUGCUAUGUAUUGUCACCACGGUGAGGAAGAUAAGGCGGUUGAGCUUCUCAGGGAGAUGGAGAGUUUAAAAGUUUGUGAGCCUGAUGUCCACACGUAUCAUCCUUUGCUGAGAUCUUGCUUUAAGAGAGGGGAUGUGGUUGAGGUUGGGAGGUUGUUGAAAGAAAUGGUGACUAAGCAUCAUCUCAGCUUGGAUGAGUCGACUUAUACGUUUCUGAUACAGAGGUUUUGUAGAGCUGAUAUGUGUGAGUGGGCGUAUUGCUUGUUUGAAGAGAUGAUGAGCCAAGAUAUCGCGCCGAGGCAUAGGACUUGUUUGUUGCUUUUGGAUGAGGUCAAGAAGAAGAGUAUGCAUGAAGCUGUUGAGAGAAUUGAGAAUGUGAUGAAGACUGUUAAACUUACUGCCCCUGUAAAGUGAAGGUUAUUAUUAGUUACUACAAUGCUGCCAAGUGUUCAUUGUUCUGUUUGUUCAAGCACAUUGUAGUGUAGAUUUCAAGUUCUUUGGUCAUGGAUAAGACUUGAUGAGAUCUGUAACUUAAUGGAGUUGAAUGAGUCAGACACAGUUUAGGCAAA